CCGUGGGCGAACAUCGACGUCAGCGCGCUCAAGGACAUGCUCGACAGCGCGAGCGACGACGACACGAUGUUCGUGGACGUGCGCGAGCGCGACGAGUGGGACGCCGCGCGAUUGCCGCGAUUCGAGCUCAAGCCGCUGAGCGCGGCGGGGGAGUGGUUGGAGACGCUGCCGAGGGAUAAAAAGUUGGUCGUCAUGUGCAAGGGAGGCGUGCGAAGCGAAAAGGCGUGCGCGGCGCUGGCGCAGUGCGGAUACGACGAUUUGGUGAACGUCGAGGGGGGGAUCAUGACGUACGCG